AUUUUUGAGAAUCUAAAUGGAUUAAGUUUAAACACGUCUCUAAAAAAUAGGGCUUGAUGAAACAACAAUCAAAAACACUCUAAAAGGAAAAAAUGCAUUAAAAUCAAUUCUUUAAACUCUAGAUUUAGUUGGAGUAAAAGAAUGUGAUAAGAAAGUAUUAAUAAUUAAUUUUACAUAGGUUGGUAAUUUAUUAUAUGAGAUGUCUUAAAAUCUAACAGAGGCUCUUGACAAUAGAAGAUCUCUUUUAGCUUAAUAUAUUGUAGAUGGAAAGAUUUCUAACAAAUUGCAAUUGGAAGGUGGUCUUGAAUAUUUAAGAACACAUACUCAUUUAGAUUAAGUUCCUAUCUAAGAUUUUGAGAAAGCUGCUGGUGUAGGAAUUGUUGUGACUCCAGAAUAAAUCAAAAAUGUUGUAUCAGAAUUUCUUUCUAGUAAAUAAGACUUGAAGACUAUUCGAUAUACUUAUAAUUUCUCUGAGUAUACAAAAUAGUUAAGAAUCUUAUUACCUUUUGCUGAUGGAAAGUUAUUGACUCAAGAACUUAAUCAAUAAAUAGAAGCAACACUUGGUCCAAAAACAGAAGAAGAUUUAAAGGCUGCUAAAACAUAAGUAAAAAAACCAUAAUAAUAAUAAUAACAAUAAUAACAAUAAUAAUAAUAAUAAUAAUAAUAAUAAUAAUAAUAAUAAGUAGAAGAAGAAGAUGAAUGUAAAUUUGAUAUUUCCAAAUUGGUUGCUAGAGAUCUUGCUACAACAGUGAAUAGUGAAUAAUUACUUAAUUGGAGAAAAUAAAAUUUUCCUUAUGAAGUUUUAACUCGUUUUCCACCUGAACCAAAUGGUUAUUUACAUAUAGGUCAUGCCAAAUCAAUAAAUUUCAAUUUUAGAUUAGCCUAACACUAUAAAGGAGUAACUUAUUUAAGAUUUGAUGAUACAAAUCCAGAAAAAGAAUGUUAAGAAUUUAUUGACAAUAUCAAAGAAAAUUUAAGAUUCCUUGGUUACACUCCAUUUAAGACUACACAUGCAUCAGAUAACUUUGGCAAACUAUAUGAUUAUGCAGUCCAAUUGAUCCAAAAAGGAAAAGCCUAUUGUUGUUUCUUAAGCAAAGAUGAAGUAUUCAUUAAAUUUUCACCUAUAGUCUUCUAAAUUAAGAAAUGAUCUUAAACCAUCACCAUAUAGAGACACAAGUCCAGCUGAAAAUUUGGAAAUCUUUAGAAAAAUGAAAAUGGGUUACUAUAAAGAGAACUAAGUUUGUUUGAGAGCCAAAAUAGAUCCAGCAAAUCCAAAUCCAACACUUAGAGAUCCAGCAAUAUUUAGAAUUAGAUUUACUCCACAUCCUCAUUAAGGUGAUAAAUGGUGUAUUUAUCCUCUUUAUGAUUUCACUCAUUGUAUCUGUGAUUCUCUUGAAGGUAUUACUCAUUCAUGUUGUACUCUUGAAUUUGAAGUUAGAAGAGAUCUUUAUUAUUGGUUCUUAAAAGAAUUAGAUCUUUAUAGACCUUUUGUUUGGGAAUUCUCAAGAUUGAAUGUUUCAAAUACUGUAUUGAGUAAGAGAAAACUUCAUCAUUUGGUGUUCAAUAAUAUUGUAGAUGGUUGGGAUGAUCCUAGAAUUCUUACUCUUAAUGGUCUUAGAAGAAGAGGAUACACAGCUGAUUCUAUUAAUAAAUUCUGUGAUCUUAUUAGUGUUACAAGAAAAGGAAAUGAAAACUUUAUUGGUAUGCAUGUCCUUGAAAGUUGCAUCAGAAAAGAUCUAGAUGUCAAAGCUCCAAGAACUAUGGCUAUCUUAGAACCAAUUCUUGCUAUUAUUGAUAAUGUUGCUGAAGAUUUUUCUGAAGAAUUAGAAGUUUCUAUCAUUCCAAGAAAUCCAUAAAAAGGUAAUAGAAAGAUUCUUUUGACUAAAUAAGUAUAUUUAGAUAAAAAUGAUGUCAGGUAUUUAUCACUUAAUAUUCUUAAGAACUGAAGAUCAUCCUGAUUUCUGGGGUGUUGCACCUGGAAAAAUUAUUGGACUUAAAUAAUGUGGACCAUUUAAAGUUCUCAGUGUUACUAACAAUGAAGUUCACCUAGAACGACUAGGAAAGGAUGUUAAACCUAAAGGAUUUUUACAUUGGUUAUCUGUUAAAGAGGCCACUCCCUGUGUUGCUAGAUUAUAUGAUUAUUUAUUCGAUGCUUAUGAUCCAAAUCAACUUGAUGAUUAUAUCAAAGGAAUCAAUCCUAACUCAAAAAUUGUUUGCCCUAAUGCCUUAAUGCACAAGUAUUAUAUAUUAUUUAAUUAAUAGGGAUCUACUCAACUCUAAACCAGAGGAUAAAGUCUAAUUUGAAAGGUUAGGAUAUUUCAAUUUAGAUUUUGAUUCCAAAGACGGAAAAUUCAUUUGGAAUAGAACUGUCACACUUUAAGAAAAAGAUAAGAUCAAAGCUAUUGCUUAAGUUGAUGGCAUAUAAGUCUAAAAAAAAGAUGUUCCUAAAUAAAAAAAAGACAUUUCCAAAAAGGAAACCAAAAAGGAAUGAUAUAUUAUUACACAUACA